CACACACCGCCUUCCUCCGCCCAAGCAUGUCAUCAUCCGCUCCAUCACUCUCUAGCAGCCGACCGAUGGUCAAGCGCGAAGCCCGCGAGACCGACGACGUGCUCGAGGCCAAGUACACCCGUCUUGUCGACGUCGUCGCCAACGCGCGCAACAUUGUCUUUCUCACCGGAGCGGGCAUCUCGACCUCGGCAUCGGUGCCGGACUUUGAGGGCGACUCGGGACUGCGCAAGACAGGCGUGCUCGGUGUGCAGGAACACAAGCUUGACUACGCCAUGCCAACGUACGCGCAUCGCGCGCUGGCAGCGCUCGCCAGUGCGCCGGAUCGCACCCGGGUCAACAUGGUUGUCACCUCGAACCACGACAACCUGCACGCUCGCGCCGGCACGCCGCCAACUGCACUUGCUGAGCUCUUUGGCAACGCGUACGUCGAGGACUGCCUCCGGUGCGGCGCUCGCUACCGCCGAUCCGUCAUUGUGCCGCCGAUGAAGCGCCGGUGCGACGACGCCGCGUGCGGCGGACGGCUCAAGCGGCUCGGCGUCCGCUACGGGGAGACUGUGCCGUACGGCCCGCUCAAAGCCGCCUGCGACGCCCUCGCUGUGGCUGACCUCGUCAUCGUCCUCGGCUCCUCGCUCCACACGUACAUGUUUGAGCAUCUGGACCUCGGCCCGCGUAUGGUAAUCGCCAACCUGCAGCCGACUCCAUUCGACGAUCAGGCCAUCCUCACCUUUGCCGACUACACCGACGCCUUUAUGGACCGGCUCAUGGCGAGCUGUUUCGGCAACAUCGCCGUUCCGACCUAUGUCUACACCCAGGCCGCCACGAUUCGCAUUGACCGCACCUCGCCGGCUGCUGCCCGGGUCGAGCUGCUCGGCGGCGCGCCCAACGAGCCCUUCACCGCCGCUGCCGCCGUUUACGCCGCGCCAAGCGCGGCCGGCCCGUGGACAGAGCUCUCGCGCUCGAUGAUCACCGGCGUGUGGGCCGGCGAGCUGGCCGUCCCACAAAACGCGCCGCUUGUGCUUCGUGUCGAGCCAAGCCCCGGGUACAUCGGCGCUGCUGAGCACGUGUGGACCGUGCCGAGCGGCGACGCCGUCGCCAGCGGUGUCUUUGAGUACACGCCGGCGCAAUAAAGCGGAAGGCUACAGCCCGAC